UGCACCCGCGCGCGAGGCAAUGUCGCGACUCAAGAUGGCAGCCAGGCGCCGACGCUGAACUGGGCCACCGGAAACAAGGCUCGGUUCGCGGACCCGGGGCUGCCAUGCGACACUGGGACUGCCACAGUGACGAUGUCUGCCAGCUGAGGCCGGGAGUUUCCCUCGCUCCAUCCGAACCAGGCCACAGCGGCGUGAACCAGCUGGGCGGCGUGUACGUGAACGGCCGGCCGCUGCCGGACUCGACGCGGCAGAAGAUCGUCGAGCUGGCCCACAGCGGCGCCAGGCCCUGCGACAUCUCCAGGAUCCUGCAGGUCUCCAACGGAUGCGUCUCCAAGAUACUCGGCAGGUACUACGAGACCGGGUCCAUCCGACCUCGGGCCAUCGGCGGCAGCAAGCCCCGUGUGGCUACGCCCGACGUGGUGAGCAAGAUCGCGGGCUUCAAGCGCGAGUGCCCCUCCAUCUUCGCCUGGGAGAUCCGGGACCGGCUACUCUCCGAGGGAAUGUGCAGCGGAGACAACGUGCCCAGCGUGUCCUCGAUCAACCGGGUGCUGCGCAACCUGGCUGCGCAGAAGGAGCAGCAGCAGGCGGCCGUGCAGGGCGUGUACGACAAGCUGCGCGUGCUGAGCGGGGCCGGGGCCCUGGCCGGGUCCGCCGCCUGCUGGCCUCCAGGGCCCUGGCACCCGCCUCCGCCGCAACCCACAGCCCUGCAGCCGUCCCACCCGCUGGCCGCAGCCGUGGCCGCCGCCACGUCCACGCUCCACGCCGCGCACAAGGCCGAGUUGGACCCGGAAUCCCAGGAGAGUGGUGACGACGAAGCGGCUGCAAGGUUGAGGUUGAAACGGAAACUACAGCGGAACCGGACUUCCUUCAGCAUGGAGCAGAUCGAGGCGCUCGAAAAAGAGUUCGAGCGUACCCACUACCCGGACGUGUUCGCCAGGGAGAGGCUGGCCGCCAAAAUCGACCUGCCCGAGGCCCGGAUUCAGGUGUGGUUUUCGAACCGGCGCGCCAAGUGGCGGCGCGAGGAGAAGCUGCGCAGUCAGCGGCGCGACAGCGGGGCCAACAGUCCGCCGCGGCCGAGCCCGGGCUACGCGAGUCCCCUGUACCCGUCCCUGCACGGGCCGCCGUCCUGCGGAGGCCCGGACCCGUACGGCUCGCCCGCGGGCUACGCGGCCGCCGCGGCGGCCUCCUGCCUGCAGCAGCAGCAGCAGCAGCAGCAGCACGGGGCGUCUUCGCCGUACGCGCCCUGCGUGCUGGCGGCUUCGGGGCCCGCCACCAGGUCUCCGUACGAGGGACUCAGCGGCUACCCCGCGAGGCCGCCCCACCUCAACGCGCAACUGGCCGCGGGCGCCGGUUCCACGGGCCUCAUCUCCCCGGGCGUCUCGGUGCCCGUCCAAGUGCCCGGCCACGGCAGCGGCGACCUGGCGUCCAGCUAUUGGCCUCGGAUUCAGUGGGCGCCGCCGGACUCCUCCGACCACACCAACGGCCGAGCAUCGGUGCCACAACGCCUCGGCUACUUUUGAUGCUCAGACAGUGUGUGCGCAUCGCGAGCCAAGUCGUCGAGGAGGAGCGGCGAGUCGUGCGGCGGCGUCCACGGACAUCCGUGGCGCGAACGGACUUCCCGGCAGGCCGUAAGCAGGAGACGAGUCAGCGAACAAGCCCACGGUCGAGUCAACGAACAAUUCAACGGACGUACCAACGGACAAGUCAACGGACAAGUCAACGAACCAGUCAAUGGAUGUGCCAAUGGACAACUGAACGGACAAGUCAACGGACGUACCCAUGGACAAGUCAAUCGACAAGUCAACGAACAAGCCAACGGACGAGCCAACAUCCAAACCAGAAUGAACAAGUCGAUGGACAAGUUAAGUGACGAGUCAACAGAUGACUCAACGUACAAGUCAUUUGGCAAGCCAGCGAGAGAGUCCGUGGUCAAGUCAAUACACGCAUCCUCCGAGAAGUCAAGGGGUGUUCGUGAUGCUCGUGGCUCGUCCAGUGGCAAAACCGCCAGGUGUAAUUGGAGUGCCAUUCUAGACACGUCAAACUUCUUGCGCAGUGCUUAGAUAGGCUGAAGAACGUACUUUGCGAUAUCCAGAAGACAUACGAAGCUCAAUUUAUUUAAUGAAAGGCAUCUUAUUUGUAACGUUGUCAACGUCCUGUUUUAAAGGACGUGCUUUUGGGUUGGACCAUUUGUUUGCUGGACCGUUCCAACCUUCCGCGUUCUGAACGGGGUCUUGAGAGGAAUAGCUGCCGCUCACUCAUAAAGUUCUUCGUCAAAAUAAUUAAUACCAAAAAAUGCCGACUGGAUUAGUCGUCGGAUCGUCUCGAAGAUUGCCUCCACGUCUUUGUAGUCACAUGUCUACUUAAGACACGGUAUAAUAAAUAGACGAAAAAGGAACCGGAAAGUGGAAUCUAGGUGAAAUAGUGCGUUUCGCUAGUAUUAAAUACUUCGGAAGUGUCCACACUCUGGCCCUGUUAAGCGGGAUACUUGGAUUAUUGGCAGAAGACUAGCGAAAAUGUGCUCUCCAUUCACAAUCUGCUUUGCAUUGUGAAAUAUUUUUUUUUUCCAUUUUCAUUUUUAAUGAUGGUAGGAAGAUAUAAAGCAUGCAAUUCACCAAAAGUAAACUUAUUUUUUUAUUAUUAUUUUUGUCGAAUUUAUAUUUCUUUUAACAAAGAGUGAGGGAGGUAGAGACUCGAACUUGGGAGAGUGUACAAAAAAAUGAUCAGCCGCACAUUACAUUUCUUCUUCUGCGACUGAGGAGCCAGCGAGCAGCGUUUCCUCUGGCCUUCCCAUUGCCCUGGUCGGUUUGUGUCGCUGGACGGCGUCCCUUGGAGCAGAGAGCGCGAAGGACGUCCGCCUUCCCUGUGCUGUGAUGGUUCGCGAGUGCGACAAGAGUGCCGAAAGACAUUCCCCUGUGAACAGACACUGUAUCACCGCCUACGCAACAGUGCCUCGCGGUUUAAUAAAUCCAUUCCAUCGUCAAGACUCUGAA